AUGGAGAAGGCAGAAGAACACGAGGCUGUGGAGGCGACGGGGCUGGAGAAGGAAACGAUAAGCGGUUACGCCCACAGGACGGUUCAAACAGCAGAGGAGGUCAAGUAUGAGGCUGAGAUUGUGGUGCCACAUGGUUUCGGAGAGAUUGGUGGCAUUUUCGUGGAGAAUGAGCACCGUAGAGAGAUGUUCAUUAAGGAUAUUGUCCUUGAUGGCUUUGAAACUGGUCCCCUUCGCUUCUCUUGCGACUCUUGGGUUCAUUCCAAGUUUGACAACCCCGUUAAGAGGCUCUUUUUCACCAACAAGUCAUAUUUGCCAUCAGAGACACCAGAAGGAUUGAAGAGGCUAAGGGGAGAGGAGCUAGAGCUUCUCAGAGGGAAUGGGCAUGGCGAACGCAAGAGCUUCGACCGCAUAUACGAUUACGAUGUCUACAACGACCUUGGAGAUCCAGACAACGAUAUCGAACUCAAGAGACCUGUUCUUGGUGGCAAACACAAUCCAUAUCCACGUCGUUGCAGAACUGGAAGACCUCGCUCCAAAGCAGGUAAUAUAGGUUGAAAUUCAGGUGCAGUUAAUUUUAUGAAGCUAAUAGCAAAUAUUCGUUCAAUGAUUUGAUAUGUUUAACUAAUGAAAAAGUAUGGAGAGUUAAUGGAAUAUUUGUACAAUGUGUAUACUAGAAGUUUAGGGUGUCCGAUUCAGUAUUAGAGAUAUAAUCAUUACUGUUAUCUUUUAUUAUUUAAGCUUUUUGCCUUGUGUAAGUGGUCCAUCAUCUUCACUUGUAAAGA